GUAUAAAGAAAAGAGAACCCCUGAAGUGGAUGGGACUAUGAGCGAGAUUCUGUUUGAAUUCAGCUGCAAUGGAAGCCAUCAAGUUAUGGAAUGCGGUGUGCAUAUCUUGAGGGAUGAAGCUGCGAGUACUAGUGAAGUGGGAAACACCAACGACCACACAGAUGGAGCUGGAGACUAUGAACCAGAAUCUGUUCCGGUCCCUCAAGUUAAUAACAUCAAAAGCAGUAGAGACACAGAUGAUUGUUGGGUUUGGCUUAGGAAGCUUGGUCUGAGGAAGAAGAAGAAGAAGAAGUAGUAGACAUGAGGACCUUCGUUAUGGUUGAAAAUUUCUAACAAUAUAUCUGUCACUUGUAAUAAAUAGUCUUUGGAUGGUUUUGUAAUAAGAGAUUCGAAUGUCUAAAUAAACACAGGUUGUUUUU